AUAAUUAUUAGAAAAUAUAGAACAAUGUGUCUUCUGUAUGUCGUUUCUAUUCUUUUCCUAAUAACCUGACUUCAAUAAUAAAAUUUAUCAGAUCUCAUAAGCUUCCAUCUGUCGGUUCGAUUACUUGAACUUUUACACAUAUCACGAAAUAUGGGAAAUCCUAAGAAGAGAGCUGAAAAGGCCGAAGCCGCCAAAGGUAGAAAAGAAGAAACUGAAUUAAAAAAGAAGGAAAUCGAAGAGAAUGAAAGAUGGUCGAAAGGAGCGAAGAGUAAUAAUAAGAAGGAGCAAGAAGAGGAAAAACGACGACAGGCGGCUCAAAAGAAAGCAGAGCGUACUCGGCUUGAACAAGAAGAGAUGGCUAGUAUGCCAUCGAAAGGUGGAAAAGGUAAAAAGGCCGGCGCUCGUAAAGAUUUAUCUCUAGACGCUUUUCUGGAAGAGCCUGCUCAACCCGCCUCAUAUAGCGCUCGUAACGUUGACGAGGCUUUGGAUUUACUUAGCUUAGACUCUGGCUCUAAAGAUAAAAUUGAUCGCCAUCCGGAACGUCGCUUCAAGCCUGCGUUGAACGAAUAUAAAGAAACACGACUCCCUGAACUUCGUAAGGAAAGCCCUGGUCUUAGACUCAACCAAUAUGAAGAUAUCAUGUAUAAGGAGUUCCAGAAGCAUCCCAACAACCCCUUUAACAAGCUCACCGUUGGCUAUAACGCUAAACAAGAUGAAAUCAAUAAGCUUCGCGCUGCUCGUAAGGCUGAGCUAGAGGCUCGUCUUCGAGAAUAAACUGUAUCACUUUUUACUUUUGCUUCUGUGUAUAUGACUUCCUGUUUAAAGGAGAAAUGAACUGAAAUGGUUUGUACAUAACCUAUUAAAUAUAUUAAUU